AUGGGCAUGCUCGUCGGUGUCUCGGCCGGUCUCUACGUCGCCCUCAACCUUCUCGGCGCAGGAGGAGGUCGGCCCAACUCGGCCCAAACCGUGCAAACGGUCAACGCCACGCUCUGUGCCGUCUGGUUCUUUUCCGCCUCGUUUGGCGGCUCCGUGUUGAACAAGAUCGGCCCGGCCAUCACCGCUUCCUUGGGAGUCAUGGGUUAUGCCAUCUAUGUCGGGUCGCUGUGGUAUUUCGACCAGACUGGCAAAGAGGGGUUUCCUAUCUUUGCGGGUGUCGCCAUUGGCAUCUCCGCCGGUCUAAUCUUCGUCACCAUGGGCUACAUCGCCAUGUCUUAUUCCGAGGAGCAAGAUCGUGGGAAAUACAUCACCAUGUCUGUCAACCUGCAGGCCAUGGGGUCCAUUAUUGGCGGCAUCAUCCCUCUGCUGAUCAAUAAAAAUGCGACCGAAGCCGCUGGCGUCCCUCCGGCCGUCUACAUCGUCUUCAUCGUCCUGAUGGUCGUGGGCAUGAUCGGCGCAUUUGCCCUCAUGCCCCCGUCCAAAAUCACCCGCGACGACGGCACGCCCGUCAGCGUGGUGCAGGCCCGCAGUUUCGGCCAGGAGCUCAAGUCGAACUUGGAGAUCUUUAAGGAUUGGAAGUUGUUGAUUAUGAUCCCAGCCUUCCUCCCCGCCGAAUGUUUCCUCGUCUACGGCGGUUCCGUCAACGCUUUCCAUAACAACCUCCGCACGAGGUGUCUGUUGUCGUUCAUCUCGGUCGUGCUGCAGGUCCCGGCAGGAUGGGGUCUGCAGGCCAUUCUGGAUCACAAGACAUGGAAACGUCGAACUCGCGCAUUCAUCGGCCUGGGAGUGGUGGGAAUCCCCCUCAUCGCCGCCUGGAUCUGGGAGAUUGUGCGGGUCCGCAACUACGAUCGGUCCAACCCUCCCACCCGAGCCAUGGACUGGUCCGACGACGGCUUCGUCGCCAUCUUCUUCUUGUUCAUGAUGAACUGGGUCUUUAGUUCUUUGUGGCAGUACAUCAUUCUUUACUUUCUCGGCACCCUGACCAACUCCCCGCGCAAGGCGGCCAACUAUGCUGGUGUGUUCCGUGGCUUCUUGGGUGCUGGUGAAGCCAUUGCUUUCGGCGUCGAUUCUAUCGCCGUCCCCUACAUGAAAGAGGCCGCCGUCAUCUUCACCUUCUACACCACUGGCGUCAUAAUCUUUGCCUACCUCGCCACCUUCCACAUCAGCGAGACCGAGUAUUUCAACGGCGAAGACGACGUAGUUAUCCCCAAGCAUAUCUUGGAAGAACACCCGGAAGAGGCGGUCAAGGUACACCCCGAAGGCACCUUGAGGGGCGAGGAACAACACCCAGUCGAGAGCCAGGUGACUGUGGACGCGGAAAAGGCUUGA